ACCAUGGGACCACCCAGCCAUCAUACUACUCAGGAAGGAGAUGAGUUCUGUCUCCUAGAGAUGAACAUUCUUUGGUGCGAUUAAUGCAAAUCAAUCAAAAGCAAAGGACCUUGUGAAGAUACUAUAAGAAACCGGUACAAAAGUAUCUAUUCAGUAUCUGUAAAUAUUCAGGUCCCGUUGGGCCGCAGGGAAGUGAAGUCCUUGUUCCGGGCAAAAGGGCUCAAUUUUUGGCAAAGGGGGUGGGAUUCUAGUAGUAAUGGGAGGCAAUUGUAUCUUGUGCAUGGGUCAGUAAAGGAAGAGAUGGAGAGAGAGGAUGUAGGAGGAUGAUGUGUGGAGUAGAUUACAGUCUGGACACAGAUUUGAAUGCCAUGUUGUGGAUGAUAGGGAGACACGGAACAGGCCUGUGUGAUGAGUGUUUAGUGGAGGAAAUGUAGAGUAUGUGUUUAUUUUGUGAAUUGUAUGAUGUAGAUAGUGAGAGAUUGUGAAAUGGUUAGAGGCUGGACGGUGUUGGGGUUUGAGUGGUGCAGUGGGGGGAGGAAAGUGGUGUCUAGGGCUCUAUGUCAGGACAAAUUAAGAUCAUUUUAUGUAGUUAGGACGUGACUGGCCUCACACUCCAUUACAAUAGGUGGCGAUGUAUGCGCCUUAAAAGUUGGGUGUGAGCCGCCAACCCAACCCCAAAGAAGAGGAAGUAAGCAGAUGCGCGUGCCGAAAGUAAUUGUAAAAACAAGAGGAAUGACAGUUGACAAGAAUCAUGUAAUAAGGUUAGUUUUUGUCCACGUUGAGACAACAAGACGUUUGCGUAUAUGCUGCAGUUAACGUUAGCAGCAAACCAAACGUCACAUGAAGGCGACCUAGCUGGCAAGCUAAUGCAAAAUGGCUAACGUUAGCCAAAAACUAACCCGCCAUAUUCAAUAAUAUUUAAACGAGAAAUGUUUAUAGACAUUAUGUACGACUAGCUAGUUAUUUCACGACAACUAUGGACCCGAGGCACAAAGAAAUACUCAGGAAACACCGGCUGGACCUGUCCGACCAAAUUUUAAUUGAGGACACCAUAGUUCAAUUCCUGUACCAGGAGAACAUUUUAACAGAGAGCCAGGUGGACGAGAUUCAGUCCCAAAUAAGCAACAAGAAGAAGACGUUGAGACUGCUGGAUAUCCUCCCCACCCGAGGUCCGCGGGCGUUUGAUACAUUUCUGAAUUCCCUGGAGGAAGAGUUUACUUGGGUGAGAGACAAGUUACUCCAGGAUUUGGAGCAACCCAAUGUACCUGUGCAAAGUCCAACAGAUGAGUGGAACAUUCCAGAGGUGACGCUCCGAGCAGUCCCGUCCGACAGACAGUUGUCCCGGCUGGCAUCCCGUAUCGGGUCGGAGUGGGAGUCGGUUCUCCUCGACCUGGGCCUCUCCACGGGGGCGCUGUACCGUUGCCGUGCCGACCACCCUCUGAGCUUGCACGGACAGGUGCUAGCAGGGCUGAUCCAGUGGAGGCAGAGCCAGGGGAGGAGUGCUACAGUCCACAGGCUCCUCCAGAGCCUGCAGGCCACUGACGUCCACCCCUCUACCCUGGACGAGGUGUUCCAGUGAGGGGAGCAGACACUGGAUCGUGGGUGACAUGCUGAAUGGAUGACAGUCGUUAGCUCAGCCAGACCAGGGUUUCCGUUAGGAAAAUGUGACCAGCAACAUUUUUUUACCAGACAUUUGUGUAAUCUGCCGAUCCCAUGUGCAUUGGGUGCGUAACCUGAUUAGUGUCCACCCACGGUGCUCAGAAUGACAAAUCACAUUCAGAUUAUGGUAAUUCAUAGUAACAGAAAAUGCAAGUCGAGGAUGCAACGAUAAAGCUAGAAUAACUGUCUAUAGUUUACUUUUCCUCAGCCAGCUAGACAAGUAACUAACAGCAGAAUCACUAGCCUGUCAAUCUACUAUUCCCCCAUAGUACAAAAGUUUACCCCUUCUAUUGGUCAACUUGAAAAAUUCUAUUCCAAACCGACUCUAGGACAGUCGUGGGACGAUGGAGCCCAAAUUCAUACAUGCAGUAGGCUUAGGCUACAUGAAAUAAAAACAUUAAAAAGCAAUGAGUCUGACGCAACAGAACGUUUAGUUUCAAAUGUUAAUAAACUAUUUAUUCACCUAAGCGCAGGCAGUAGGCUACUCACAAAUGUUCCUUCCAUAAUGCAAUUAGCGGGAAAGCGCAGUUGUCAAAAGGGCACCACACACUUGAGAGGUUUCAUGCGACGGAGAUGAAAAUGUCCAUUAGAAAUUUAGAGAUCUAAUCGGCUACUUUGCAGAAAGGUAAAACAUGCCUCAUGUAUUAAAAGGAAAUGCAUAGCCUACUGCCUCCAGCUCAUUGCAAAGUGGUGUGUGACACAACAGCAGCUCUCAUUCUUUGACAGAUUAUCUGCUCAAAGGCUCUAUGCUGUACGGGUGUGAUAAAUAAGAUCCAUAACAAAUACACUGUAGCAUACACAUUUGCCAAUUUAACAAAAUUAUGUAAAAUAACCUAAUAGAAUGCUAAAUAUGACCAGUCAAAUGUAUUUCCAUCAAUGAAGAGGCUAAAAGGCAAUAUUUCGCAAUGGGAUUUUUUUCUUUUCCAGAACAAUUGGCCAGGGCUAAUGUUUUAUUUAUCAACAAAAAAAUAUAGGCCAAAAGCCGUCCAUUACCGGCUAACGGAAACCCUGAGCGCAAUGCGUCAUUGGCCUGGCCCUGUUUUGUGUGUGUUGAAAUGGGGAAAUUUAAGAUGAAUAAAGUUAAUAUUCAGGUAAGAGUAAUUAACACAAUGCUGAGCAUAUUUCUGUUUUCUCGUUCUGUAAUACAUGUGAUUUCCAGUGUUCAUUUGGGAAACUCUUUCUGCUUGAUGGUCUGUGUUAUGAAUUGUUCUCGUAACUGUUGAUCUUGAUAGUGAUUGACGCCAGGCUGGAGGACCGAGGACACUGAUUUGUUACUGUAAGAUUAGAAUAAGCCGAUUUCGAAAACACAUAGGCCUACACACACUCCUGGAAACUCAGUGACUCAGACCCUGAAAAGUCAACAAACAUGACGUUGCGUCAUUCACUCUGUGGAAAACAAAUUCUCUGAUAGUAUUUUUUUUCUUCUUUCAUGUCCAUUAAGUGGACCAUGGAAUUACGUAACUAUCUAGUCUUAUUUUCACAACAUAUUGUUGUAACAUUACAUCACAAUGAAUCAGUGACAUUUAUGGCCAGCAACAAUAGUUGAGCACCGCUGCACUCGGUUUUUAGAGAAGUGAAAUGCCUCAACAAGGUCAAGGCUGCAUGCCCAACAAGCGCUCUCCAGGAUUUUUCAAGGGAAACAUUGGCUAGCACAGGUAGGGUGCAGUGACUGCAACUUGGCAGCAGUCAAAUCAAUCAAACUUGAUGUACUCUGACUUUUUACAAAACACUAGUCACUGGGCAAGGCUAGAGGGGGAGAGGAAAGACUAUCUACCUCUGCCUUUGUAUUUAUUAGGCAUCAGACUGAAAGUGGGAGGGACUACCUCCCCUGAACUUGUCUAAUAAUAAAUACUUGUUUUUUGGUAUCUAAUGACUACAACCCAGUUGCGUGGCAGUCCUUCUCUUUCACAGUCUCUGCUAUCUGUUGGUGAGUGGUGGCUUUGGAGGAAAAGGUCAGAGACCCCUCUCAGCCUGUCCGCUGUCACCAUCACGACCCCCUGAGAGGAUCACAGGCUGUGAACCACAUGGCCUGAGCGUAAAUCCCUCUCCUGGUUGGCUGAGACAAAGCCACGGGGACCUUCCAGGCCAGGGAUCAACUGUGUCUAAGACAUUCCCGAAUGCUCUUUGGAACGCUGCACACUGACAUCACUCCAGCCAAGCAUUUUGCCUUUGACUUUUUCAUCAGUUUAGACUGAACAGGAGGAGGGAUGUUGGGUAACUCUCUGCAGGGGAGUUGUUAGAUGGGAGUGUUGAAUAAUGGAAGAUGUUUUUGCUGCUGUUGUCACAAAGCAGCAUGAGCAGGUUACUACAAUUUUGUCUAUAGUGCCUUUGUGAGGAGUGUUGUGGCCCAUUCAGUAUAUGAAUUAACAUAAUACCACCAUAAAUAACAAUUGUAGCAACCCUGAGUUUAUAAUUGUGGAUAUCGACUUUACCAUUUCAGUAUGUUUAGACUGUUGAUGCCACACAGGGCUAACAGAAGGUUGAGGGAUCGCCGAUCACCACGGACUUACUUGCUUACUCUCUCUCUCCCUGCCUGUAUCAUUACAUUACAUCAGAGCCAGCUGCAGACAACCAUGGGCUAUAUUUAUAUAAUAAAUACAACACAUUUUCCUCCAGCAGGUUUAUGUGCCAAUGCACCACACAACCAAUAAGCAAUGCAUACCAAUUACCGACUUUGAACUUUCAUUAUGGUUUGCGGUUUCAACAUCACAAUCAAGUAUGUCAAUCCCACAAUUGAGUACAGUGGGGCAAAAAAGUAUUUAGUCAGCCACCAAUUGUGCAAGUUCCCCCACUUAAAAAGACGAGAGGCCUGUAUAUUCAUUAAAAAUGCUACAAUGUGAUUUUUCUGGAUUUUUUUUUUUCUCAUUUUGUCUGUCAUAGUUGAAGUGUACCUAUGAUGAAAAUUAGAGGCCCCUCUCAUCUUUUUAAGUGGGAGAACUUGCACAAUUGGUGGCUGACAAUACUUUUUAACCCCACUGUAUGUCAUUCUCGACCAACAGAAAAUGCAUCCCUCCCUACUCCGUAUUAAAGGCUUGGUUUGACAGUC